AUGAACCGUUUUAGUGAUAUCGAUCUUUCAUUUAAAAGACUUCCUCCUGUUUAUGGUUAUCGCAGUGAAAAACUUGUUCCAAUUGAAAAAGCACUAGAACCUAUCCAGUCUCAAAUUGAUGAACUACCUUAUUACAUAAAGAUAGCUAAGCAGUAUUGUCAUUUUCCGUCAGAACAUGAACUAUCACAUGAUGAAUCUGCUGCUGUUUAUAUCUAUACUAUGGAAUGGGGAGAAACUUCUUUGUAUCGUGUUUUGAAUAAUGCAUUACGAUCUGAAAAUCGACAAGCACUAAAGAUAUGGUUUCCAUAUUUAAAGCUAUUUGAUACAGCGUUGGAGAAGUUACCUACUGUCAAAGAGGCAGUAUGGAGAGGUGUACCUAUUGAUAUUGGCAAAAACUUCUCCAAAGACCAAAUCUUAACGUGGUGGACUGUUAAUUCAUGUUCUUCAUCAGUCAACAUUAUUGAAAGAUUUCUUGGUGAUGACAAAAAUGCAACUCUUUUUUUAAUUGAAGCUAUUAAUGGAAAGAAGAUUUCUGGAUAUACAGAACAUGAAAGUGAAGAUGAAGUUAUUUUACGAAUGGGUUCAAAAUUCCGCGUGAAGAGCGAUGCUUUAAAACACUCAAAUGGGUCACAUCUUGUGCAUUUACUAGAAAUUGAUGAUGUUCCACCACCACCACCUCCACCAAAAUCGUCGCUACCUUGCGGUGGUCGUGCUUGUCCUGUCUGUGAUCGUUGUAUUGAUUGGGACUAUGAUGCGAGUCGUACUCUACGUUACCAACUUGUACCUGAUGCUACAUGUACUUAUCGUCAUUUUGAUGCUCAUAUUGUUGCUGAUUUUCUCUUUUUUGGUUCUGCUGGUUUUUGUCACCAUCUAUGUACAUGUAAAAGCUACAAAUGA